AGGACUGGAACAGCAGCAGCAGCAGCAGCAACAGCUAUUACUGCAGCAAUGACUGAGUAAGCCUACUCAGGAGGAGGAGGAAGAGGAGGAGAUCUGCCCCAAACCCUACAAGCAAGCCUUGCACACUUUUAUUUUUUAAAAAGGGGGUGGGUGGGUUGUUUUCCUUUUGCUCAACUUGGUGGACCUUGCGACGGCGUGGACCUUGCCACCAUGAGUGGAUCUUUUGAUAAGAAGAUCACCAGUAUUUUGACGGACAUCUCCAGCUCCCUGAGUUGCCAUGUGGCCACCAAGGACUCCCCUACGCUCCCCGAGUCGUCCAUCACGGAUCUGGGUUACUACAGCGCCCCACAUAACCAGCAUGAGUAUUAUCCCACCCAGACGUACACCCAGCCGAUGAACCAUUAUGCGUACCACCCCCAAUUUAACCUCAAUGGGAUUGGGGGUGCUGGGACGUACUCCCCCAAAUCUGAUUACCCCUACAGCACUUCCUACAGGCCGUAUGGAUCUUUCCGGGAUCAGCCAUUGCCCAGUCAAGAAACAGUCUCAGUGAAGGAAGAACCCGAGCCAGAGGUGCGGAUGGUCAACGGGAAGCCCAAAAAGAUCCGAAAGCCGCGCACGAUUUACUCGAGUUACCAGCUGGCCGCCUUGCAGAGGAGGUUCCAAAAGGCGCAGUACCUGGCGCUGCCAGAGAGGGCAGAGUUGGCCGCGCAGCUUGGACUGACCCAGACUCAGGUGAAAAUCUGGUUCCAGAACCGAAGGUCCAAGUUCAAGAAGCUGUACAAGAACGGAGAGGUCCCCUUGGAACACAGCCCCAAUAACAGUGACUCCAUGGCUUGCAAUUCUCCGCCAUCACCCACCCUCUGGGACAGUAACACCCACAACAACAACAGCAGCAGCAACAACAACAACCCAGCCAGUCGAAGCCAGCUCCCGCAGCCGCUCUCCUAUAACUCCCCACCAAGCUACCUGGAGGAUCACAGCCCCUGGUACCAUCAUCAGAACCUGAGCGGGCCUCACUUACCACAGCAAGGACCUCCUCCCACUCCUGGCUCUAUGCAUCACCCAUCUCCGGGGCCUCCUCCCAAUCCUGGAGCGGUAUAUUAACCUCCUUUGCCUCCUUGAUGAAACCAGUGGAGCAGGAAAAAAGGAAUGAAGGAGAGAGGGAGAGGGAGACAGGGAGAAACAGAGAGACAGCGACAAGUCAAAACUCUUUGAUGUGUUUUGUAGGACAUGUAUACAUCCCAUCCCAUCUCAGGAACAACUGAGCUGCAGUAAAGGCUAAGACUUUUGAGAGACCAUCUAAAAAUAAGGGAAAGGGAAAGGUGGGAGAGAGGGAGGGAGGGAGAAAAGCUCAUAGUCCAUGUUGUAUCUCAGCCAAAUUGGUUUCACCCGCCCUACGCGACCAACCUCCUCGACUUCCUGCGUGGUUUAUCUGUAGGCAGUUCUCCGGCAUCAUCAUCAUCAUCAUCACAGCCAGCUUCAGUCAGAAGACAUGUGCAUGGAAGGCUCUCUGCUUGGUUGGAGAGAAGCCCAGCGUCACACACAGCGCCGCCCCAGGUUCCCGAGAAGAAAGCAUACAACUGGUUCUCUUUACCUUCCUUCUUGUUUUGUUGAUUUGGUGUUGUUUGCUCACUUUCCCAAGCAAAGUGAAUCAGAGAGGGAUCUCCUCGGAGAGCUCUGAAAGAUCUGGCAAGGUUUCAAAGUCCAAUCAGGGUCAUUUAUGGCAGGAGCUGGAUUUCUGUUGUUACCUCGUCCAUUCAUUUAGGGAAUGGAGGCAGUCUAACGAACCCACCCCUCUCUAUUCCUACAUGACCUCCCAGAAAUAAUGUCCAGCUAGAAUUUUUUAUUUAUUUAUUUUAAGGAACAUUUAAGAGAUGGUGGGGGCAAGUAAACAUUGUCACAGCUUUAAACACACACACACACAUACACACACACACACUUAAUAAAUUUAGGAUUUAAGCCAAUUCCUUAGAAAUAUGCAUGACUGUUUUACAAAACUGGGCAGCAUAUAGCAGGUGUGGGAAACCUUUGGCUCUCCAGAUGUUGCUGAACUACAACUCCCAUCAUCUCUGGGCACUGGUCAUGCUUGCUGGGACUGAAUGGAAGUGUAGUUCAGCAACAUCUGAAAGGCAAAAGGCUCCCCUCCAGUGUUAAUAUAGUGCUGGAGAGCUUGUGGUCAAAGAGAACAGGGGGAAAGUUCGGAGAGCUGUGAUGGAAAGGACCAAUUCUGAUCUCACUACUGUAGUGGCUAUUUCAGGUUUACUCCAGGAGCCCUCUGGAUUAGGAAAGCCAAACAGGUGGGCUUAGACCCAGUUCUUCAACUGGGAUUAAACUGAGGAUAAAAAUCCCAACGCAGGAAGAAAAGUUCUGGAACAUUAGUCCAGGUUUAAUAUGGACCAAGAUUUGUCUUGGUUGGGGGACCAAAAUAUCCAGCAUAAACUGGAGUGGGGUGGUCAUAGAAUCAUAGAAUUGUAGAUCUGGAAGGGACCACAAGAGUCUUCUAGUCCAACCCCCUGCAAUGCAGGAAUCUUUUCCCUAUUGUGGGACUCAAACCCACGGCCCUGAGAUUAAGAGUCUCAUGCUCUAACUGACUGAGCUAUCCCUUGACAGAACUAUUUGCCAUGGGGUGUGCGUGAAGAUUCUGAUCUCCUUUGUGACACUGCCCAUCUGCACUAGCUCUUUUUUUGAACUAAAGUUACUCAGCUUACAUGGGACUGGAAGGACAAAUGUUUGGGUCCUUGCUUUACACCAGUCGGUGUUGUGGAGUGGCAUGGGGGGGGGGAGAGGAAGGCACGGGGGGAGGGAACCUGGCCCAAAUUAUCGUGGGUUAUUCCAUGUUUACAUCAGGUUAGGAGAUCGGCUGCAUAACUCGGUGACAGAGCACAUGUCUUGUAUGGGGAAAGUCCCAAGGUUGGAUCCUGGCACCUCCAGCUAGUGCUGGGAAUCUCCCCAGUCUGAAACUCUGUUUCAUGGAUAUGGGGAACUACUGGUCCUCUCAAUGUUGUCUGUGCUAGCUGGGGUCGAUGGGAGUCGGAGGCAACAACACAUUGGUGGACCAUGAGUUCCCCAUCUCUGUUAAGGACAAAACUGAGUCAGAUGGAUUGAUGGUAUAAAACUCAGUACAAAACAGCUUCUAAGUUCCUUUUAGGCUGUCAUAAAAAUGUCCGGGUUUUUUGAAACUUUCCCAAAAAAAAGCUCGAUAACUUUCUUUGGGCAAUAUCCCUCCAAAAUCUCAACUUUCCCAAAACUUUUUAUUUCUUGAAAUAUGGCAACCCAUAUAGUUCUGUGCCCACUUUCAUAGGAGUCAAACUCUAUUGAACACAAGGUGUUGCUGUUGUUGUUUUUUUGAGUAGACCCGUUUAUUAUUGUGUUCCGAGGGACCAGAUUCUUGUUUCCCUUUCAGCCAAAUGAAACAAACCAAAAUCCCAGUUCAGAAAAGAAAGAGAAAUCUCAACCCUUUUAGAGAUGCUUCAGAAUUACCCCAAGAAUUAAAAUAUGUGGCUUGGGAAUUUAUACCACUUGACCUUUACAUUAGGGUUUGUAAGGGGGUGGAUGGUGGAUAAAUGUUUAUUUUAAAAAUUUAGGGAGAUAUUUAAAAUACUUUGGGAAUAAUUUAAGUUAUUGUUAUUUUUGAAAAAGAAAGUGAAAAUUUGUCUUAAGUGUUGCGCUACUUGCAUCAUGUUAAGCUAUCGUCAGAGAGGAAGGCUUAUUUUUUAAAGAAGAAAAAAAACAAAUCCACCUUGGAUUUUUUAAAAAAUAAUAAAGCUGGGGGGAGUUGUUAUUUUUUAAAGAAACAGCUGCAAUUUUAAUAAGCAUUCUCUAAUGUUGUACAGUGUCAAGGUUGCUAUUUAUGUCGCCUUGUAUAAUAGAUAAGGAGAGAAAGGUGGGGGGAAUGUAUAUAGGGCUGAUUUGUAUAAAGCUUAUUUUAAAUUUUAAAAGAAGUUUCUUUUUUAUCUUGGCUUGGGGGGGAAAGGGCAAGGUGAGAACUUUGCCCAAGCUUCUUUGUGCUUCGGUAGCGAACAGAAACUUUCUCAUAGAAUGUUAAUAAAACAUUUUGAACUUCA